AUGUACAAGCUCCGUCUGAACAACGUGUGCCAGGAGCGGCGGUGGGCGACGCCGGCCUACACCGACCGGCGCGAGGGCCCUGAACACGUGUCAAGGUUCCAUUCCACCGUCGCCGUCGGCGGCGCUGAGUUCAGCUCGCCGGAGCCCUGGUCCCGAAAGCUCAUCCAGGCGGAGGACCUCGCCGCAAGGGCAGCUUUGGAGGACCUCGCCGCCAGGGCAGCGUUGGAGCACCCCUCCGCACCUCCGCAACUACUGACCGGUGAGUAUGUAUGCGCCCUAGAUAGAUCUCGUUUUGUUCAUGCAUGCGCCGUCGCUGCUCUGCUCGCCGCCAGGGCAGCGUUCGAGCGCCACUCCGCUCCUCCGCAGCUACUGUCCGAAAUCCAUCUUCCUUACAAGUCACAGUUGCGAAAUUAUGCUCAAGAACUACGGAAAGAUUUACCUUUGUAUAACACCACUCAGAGUGGUCCACAUCAUGAACCUAUCUUCAAGUCAACAGUGACCAUAGAUGGGCGGACAUUUGGAAGUCUGCAAGACUAUGCUACAAAAAAGGAGGCCGAAUCGGCUGCUGCGGCAGCUGCCCUGGUGGCAAUACGGCAGGAAGCAAAAAGAUUAGAGCAAAUGCUUAUGGUUCAAACAAUGUCGGAUACAAAUCCUCGGCAUGUAUUACCUGAGAAAGAAGACUCUCCCAAAUCAACGGUGCACACUCAAGAAGAAUGUUUUGAAGGGGAUACUUGCAAGAAGCAAAAACGGAUGGAUGUUGAUGAGCUUUAUUUCCAAAAUUCUAAAAACACAACUGCGACGCUUGUUGCUUGUGCCAAGUGCGGUUGCUCCAAGGCAACUGACCAGAUCAAGAUCUACCGACGCCAUCCUGGAAUGGUGUUACCAGAUGGGGCUACCAUACUCCCCUUUAGUGAUGAUGAGUGUGUGGCUGUGAGGCUAUCUUCCCCUCAACCCUGA